AUGUUAUUAAAAGAAACAGAAGAGCUUUUUAGCAAGCUCUUAUUGAGCAUAGCAGACGAAGAAAAAAAUAUGGAGGUUGCCAGACAAAUUUUAUGUGAACAAAUUGAAUUCGAACCCUAAACAGCUUUUAAGCGUUUGGAUAGAAGAAAAAAUGGAACAAUUAAUGCAGCUAAUAUUUAAGAGUUUUUGACAAAUAAUGGUUUAUUUUAUUCAGAAGAGCAAUGUCAUGGACUUGUCAGGCGUUAUGAUUAAAAUAAUGAUGACAGACUUUGUUUGGAAGAUUUUAAACGAUGUGUCCUUCCAUAAGAGAACUUUGCAUUAAAAGCAUUAGUCUGCCAAAGAAAAUAAUAUGAAGUUUAACAAAUAGAAGUGUUAACUUAUGACGUUGAAUUUGCUUUAGCAAGAGUUUUUGAGAGAGAAAUUAUUGCAUACAAAUAAUUCGAGGAGUUUAAGAAGUUAAUCUACUAGAGAGUGGAUUUUAAUCAUUUCAAUAGUUUAUUUUAUUUAGUUGAUAUGUACAAUUGUGGUUGCAUUAACAUUGAAAAUUUGAUUGAAUUUUUCAAGAAAAGAGGUUAUCAAAUGCCUGAAAGAGAUAUUGUAGCUAUUUUAAGAUAUUUAGAUAAGAAUGAUGAUGGAGUAGUUGAUUACAAGGAAUUUGAAUUUUUUAUGGAGCAAACAUUAAACAAUCGAGUAAGAAAGAAUAAAUAUGGAAACAAUUUUGAGGGAGAAGGAGAAAAGCUGGAGGAAUAUAGAAAUAAAAAAGCAACUCCUUAGUUAUAUUAUGUAUUGAAUAGUAAUGGAUAAGUCAAGGAUAAAAAAUCAGAUAAUAUUCACUUUAAUUUUAUUGCAGCCUCAUAAAGAACCAACCAAUCUAUCAAUAAGCAUAUUGUCAAUACCUAAAAAAUUGCUAAGUUUAAAGAAGAUAAGGAAAUGUAAAUUUACAACAAGAAAUCUCCUUUUUAGCAAAAUCUCCAUGGAUAAAGAUUACCUCUAAAUCCUAAUAGCAGAUCCAGUAAAUCUUUAAAGCUACUAGAGGAAUAAGGUGAACUUGCUAGAACACUUAAGCAAAUCAUAAAUUUAGAAAAGGAAGUUGAAUAGGCCAAAGAAUCUUUAGUUUCUAGGAACGAUUUUAAUCUCUUAGAUGCUUUCAGAUUGUUUGAUGUUGAUGGAAAAGGUCGCAUUUAAUGCAAUGAGUUUAUGACUGUAUUUGAAAGUUUAGAUUUAUAUCCUGGAAGACAUGAAUUGUAUUUAGUGAUUCGUAGAUAUGAUAGUGAUGGAGAUGGUCACAUUCGUUUUGCAGAUUUUGCAGAUAUGAUGACACCUAUCCGCUAAGAAUACUCUGCAUUAGGAAAGUUAAAUGCUCAUAGCAGAGUUUAGAAUAAUAUACAAGUCAUGCAAGAUUACAUGAGAGACUAAUCUCUCAAAGAAGCAGCUAUUCAAAAACCUCCUUUGUAUUAAUAAACAAGGAGUGCUUAAACACAUUAAAACGACAUAUUUUAUCAAGAAUCAUCCCUUUUUUCUCGUGAAACACGAGUUGCUUUGAUAAAAUUGCUAUCUUUAAUGUUAGAAAAUGAAGCUGCUUGCGAAUGUUUAAGACAAAGACUUCACUUAAGAAAAAGUUUUGACUUAAAACAUAUUUUCCACUCUCUUCAAUAAGAUUAGAUAUAAAAUUAGGUGUAAAACAAUAAAUUAGGAUUAUUAGGUCCUUAAGACUUCAAAAAUCUAUUAGAAAAUCAUGGAAUAAUUAUAGAGUACUCUGAUUUAAUAUAUCUGUUUUCUCGUUUUGAUAAAAACAAAGAUUAAUUUGUAUCCUUAGCAGAAUUUAUAUAAGAAUUAUCACCAAAAUCACCCUAACAAUAUUACUGA